UAAUCAACAAAAAAACACGGCCCGUACCGCCGCAGCCGCAGAAAUACAAUUUUUAAAUAAUUCGGUUGCAACGGUUAAAUGCACAAUUGGUGUUUCGAGCAUAAAAGUGUUGUUCCGCUGAAAAAUCUAUAAAAAUAGAGCCCGCCAAUCGAGUGUUUCAAAUAUUGUGCAAGCAUCCAUACAGGAGAAAAGUGAAAAGUGCAUUAAGGCUGCUGGUGGCGCGGUCGCUGUUGCAGGCCCAGAGUCAAUUCCAAUUUUCUUUCGACCAAAUCGUGUUCGUAGCAGAAGGAAGCCAACGCAACGAGCGGUGGUGGGGUGAUAGAAACCAGUUAAAUCUAACGAAUUUCAAGCGAGGAAAGAGCUAUAGCUAACUAAUCGACACAAUGGGUCUCAAAGGCUGCUGUUCGUGCGUCAAAUAUCUGAUGGUCCUUAUAAACAUUUUAUUUUGGCUCAUCGGACUGAGCAUCGUAAUCACAUCCGUAUGGAUGCUGACGGAUCCCACAUUCAUGCUGUCAAUGGCACAAUCCUAUAAUCAUUAUCAUAUAGCGCUCUACGUUUUCCUGGGCAUCGGCAUAUUGAUCACACUGGGCGCAUUCUUUGGCUGCUGGGGCGUUUGUCGAGAGUCGCAAUGUCUGCUGGUAUCGUUCUUCUGUGUGAUACUCAUUGUGAUGGUGGCACAAAUUGCAGCUGGUGCCUGGGCCUUCCACAACAAAGACAAGCUGGACGACAUUGUGCGGGCGGCGGUGAAAUCUUCGGUGCAGGAGGAGUACGGCCAGUCCAGCAUGAGCUCACGCACGGUUACCUUUGAUACGCUGCAGAAGAAUUUGAAGUGCUGCGGUGCGGAUGGACCUGGGGACUGGGCCACGAGUCGAUUUAAUAAUGUAGAUCGCACUAAUAUUGUGGAAAUUGCUGUGUCUUCCAUGAAUGUCUUCUACAACAUACCCGAGUCCUGCUGCAAGGAGAAUCUCAAGGAUAAUGAGUGUGAAUUGUCGCGUCGCUUGAAAUUUGGUGGCCCCUUGAAUACGGCCAUCUAUCAGCAGGGCUGCGUUGAUAAACUGAUUGAGAUCAUUUACGAGAAUUGGGUCACUAUUUUCGCCAUCACUGCUGCCGUCAUACUGCUGGAGCUGCUGUCGCUGACCUUUGCCCUGAGCCUGUGCUGUGCGGUGAGGAAUCAGCACUACAAGGCCUGAGAAUUACAGAACUCCCAUAGGGAAAUCACAGACGAUGAGAAGUACUAACAAACCAAAUCGAAACGGAUGCAUAGCAAGCAUUACUGAGAGCGGACAAGCGAAUGCGAAUGCAAAUGCGAAAUGGGGGGAAAAACGUGUGCAUUUCAGCAGCAAACUAGAAGGCAAACGAGAAUAAUGUCCGAUGUUCCCUGGUCAAUACUUUAACAACAACACAAUUUUGUAGUACUUUUAACAACAACAAGAAGAGCAAGAGUGCGUGCAGCAUAAGCGGAGCAAUUUGAAUUUGUAUUUGAGGAGUAGAGAGAAGUGACACUUUUUUGGAGUUUGUGACGAAACGAUAUUUGAAGCACAAACACACAUACAAAGUCACGCAGAUAAACAAAAUACACUUUAUAAGAUCUUGAUAUGCAAACAAAAACAAAACAAAAACACACACUUUUCUAACCAAAUAUUUCUACAACAAGAAGACACACAUACACACACAGAGUAAACUUUAUACAAUAUACGAAAAGCAUAAAGCAGCAGGCUCCAUAAUAUUAAGCAUAAUGAGAAAGUUUUCGAAUUCAUAGAUACAUACAAUACAUACAUACUAUAUAUUAAAUAUAUAGAACCAAACGUAAGCACAAAGUAUAAUGUUAAUUGCCAAAAAAAAAAAAGAAAAAAAUGAAAUCCAAACAAAAUGAAAAGCAAUCAAAUUUGGUUUAAAAUUUGUUUCUCCCAUAAGACUUUCGAUUACCUAUUAAGUUGAUUGGUGGCCAUUUUUUGUAUGCUAUUAUGCUAAAGCAAAGCCAAAUUAUAUAAGUACAUAUAUACAUCUACAUACAUACAUACACACACAUCUAUAUAUACAUGGUAGUAGUAGUAUGUAUAUAUUGCAUAACGUACGGCAUUCCACAAGAAUGAUAAUGAUUGACAGAUUUUUGUUCUGGUUAAAGACGCAUUGCUAUCCAAAGACCCAGCCCAAAAUAAAUAUUCAAAUCAUUUUUUUUAAUCUUGUGCAAAAUGUUGUUAAAAAAAACAUAAAAAUCCCCAAAUUCGAUUCGUUGAGCUUCACGAAAUUAAAUGCCAAAUAUUUUAUGUAUUUACAAAAUUGUAUUUGUUUUCGUAAAACCAAUUUAUUUGGCCAAAAGCUAAAUGUUAGAAAAUAUUAAGUAAACGUUGGCCAUUCUGUUCACUAAGAGCUGUUCUGUGGAAAUCUGCUUCAUUAAUGGUAUUAAAGAUACUGAUUUUGAUUUGAUAAAAAAUUUAAAUAAUUUGAAGGUCAUCUGGAAAGAGAUCGAUAUUGAUUUCAUUUUUGGAUUGACUUUUCCACUUUAACCCCUUUUGGAAUAUUCCCUUCUCUUGCAACUAUUUUCUUCUUCAUGCUUGAAUCAAAUCAAAAUUAGUUUCAGGAAUACCAUUAUAAUGCAAGCUAAAAAGAGCACUGUACCUUUCGAUAAAACUUUGAAUUUUGGCCAUUCUCGAAACCACCCGAAACACACACAUACUAGAAACGAAUUUUGUCGAAUCCAUAUUACCUGCAUCGAAAUGAACAUUAUUAUUUACGAAUCAUUGUGUAAGUGCAACUAUUUAUAGUAUGUAUGAGGAAAAAUCAAGAGAGCAACACAACCACACAAAAUGUUAAAUGGAAAGUACACACAAAUCGAAACGAAAAUCUCUAUAUAUUUACAUUGUAUUUUUACCAUACACCGUAAACUAAUUGAAUAAUGUACGUACAUAUAUUUUUUGUACAAUUUUUCAUUUUAUUGUUGUUAAACGUAUGUGAAUUUUGUUGUUAGUUAAGCGUAGCCUGAGCGUCACACUUUGUACCCCCUCACAGCGUUUAAAUAAAUCAAAUCUACAAGAACCCAUCCAAGGACAAAAUUAUAUUAAAUUUACAAGGAAGAAGAUGAAGCAAAAAACAAAAACAAGUUUAAGUAAAUAAAUCUAUAUUGUAUUUAAAUGUACACCUUAAAGUAAAUUAUUUAUUGAACAUCUCUUAGUACGUAUUUAUGUGCGGAAUUUCAUCGGAGUUAAAUCAAAUCAUCAGAAAGGUUUUAGGCUAAGAUCAGAUAUUUCAUAAAUAAAGGCAAUCGAGGCAAAAGUUCAUUCAUGUGUUGGAACUGUAGCAAACCAUUGGAAUAUCUAGGAUAUAAGUCACCUAAGAAAAUAAUUAAUUAAAAUUGAUUGUAGCGAAAUAUUUAAUGCACUAUAAACAUCAUCAGGCAUCUGAAAUUAAAACAAAAUGUAGUACAUACCCAGAAAUACCAUUUUCAUUCUAAUCAAAAAAAACUCUGCCUGUUUAAAGCAUAUGGAAACUACUUACAUAAAUACAUACACAAAAUAAAACAAAAUGCACAUUCAGCAAGACAUCAAAUAGGCAAAAGUCAGUGACAGAAAUAAAGCAAUAUAAACGAUGCUCAAGAUUUGUAUUCAAUUUGAAGGAUAAAGAUAUUUGUAAAA